AUGUCGAGAUUAAUCGGCUAUGUUGAACCAUUUGUGAGUGGUGGAAAUUUUUUGGCGUAUGAAGAUCGGGUGCGUCAAUUUAUUAAAGUCAACGAUAUAAAAGAAGAAGAAACACUUACUCCACUUUUUAUCACCAUCGCAGGAGCUGAAAUUCACGAGCUCCUAAUAUCACUAACUGUUCCAGAUUUGCCCAGUGCAAAAACAUUCGAAGAACUUAUUUCGCUGCUACGUGCUCAUUUUGCUCCCAAGCAUAAUAAACGAGCAGAACGAUAUAAAUUUAACAAGCUUAAGCAAGAAGACGGUGAGCCUAUUAACGAGUUCAUUGUGCGUCUUAAAGCUCAGGCGCAGUUCUGUAAUUUUGGCGACAUCAUUCCAGAAAAGGCUAAAGAAGAUGUGCACAAGUACAAAAUUAAAAUGUUGGACGAUGUACUGAGUGAUCGUUUUAUAGUGGGAUUAACAUUGCCUGCAAAUUAUUUGCCUAAACAAACAGUUGCCCGUCAUCCAUCAAGUACACAGCAUCCAACGUCUGGUGGAAGUUACGAAAAAAAUCGAAGGAGGAAACUGCCUUCGUCGUCGCAAAAGUCUUGUCAUCGGUGUGGAAAUAACCAUCAGCAAGAAAACUGUCCAGCAAAGAGAGACAAUUGGGAGUGCUUUACAUGCCACAAAGUUGGUCACACAUCCAGAGUCUGCAGAUAUAGAAAAGCACAAAGUCUUCAAAAAGUCGGAAUUAAUAUCGUCAGUGCGGAGGAAGAAAAGUCACCCAGAGCCAGCAAUCAGUCACCCAAGGCCAGCAAUCAGUCACCCAGAGCUAGCAGUCAUCACCCAGAGCCAGCAGAAUGCUCUUUGCUUAUCAACAACGUUAGAACCAGUUUUGAGAUCGAUUCCGGAGCAGCGGUAACUAUUAUGUCAGAGCCAGCAGAAUGCUCUUUGCUUAUCAACAACGUUAGAACCAGUUUUGAGAUCGAUUCCGAAGCAGCGGUAACUAUUAUGUCAGAAAAACAAUAUUAUGAUUAUUUUUCUAAUGUUCAGUUAAAAAAGUCAUGUAAUAAUUUGUGUACUGUUUUAGGUAAUAAAAUUGAAGAAUUAGGUAUUAUGAGCGUUAUGGUGGAGUUUGGAAGUGGAUGUUGGAAUUGUGAAAUAAUAGUUGUCAAAGGAGGUUGGCCAAGGAAACCCUUAUUGGGAAGAGAUUUUCAGGAUGUUUUAUUCCCUAACUGGCGCAAAAUCUUUACAGAAAGUGUAACAGGUAUGAAUAAUAUAAGAAGUGAAGUUGUGUGCCCAAUUUUAAAUUCAAUUCAGGAAAAUUAUCCAAGCAUUGUUGACAGCCAGAAUAAAGACCCUAUUAAAGGUUUUACCGCAAAUAUUGUGUUAGAUGGUGUUCAAAAACCAAUUUUCCAUUGUGCAUAUAGUGUUCCAUUCAAGUUAAGGGAUAGGGUAAAGGCUGAGCUUAAUCGGCUUGUAGAUGAAAAGAUCUUAGAACCAAUUAAAUUUAGCCGAUGGGCUACCCCUAUCGUAAUAGUGCCUAAAGCUAAUGGUGAAUUAAGGAUUUGCAUGGACUGCAAAGUGACCAUCAACAAAUGCAUUUUAAUGCAACACUACCCAUUACCGAAAAUGGAUGAAAUAUUCGCGGAGUUAGCCGAUUGUGAAGUUUUUUGUGUCAUUGAUUUAAGGGGAGCUUAUCAACAACUAUCGGUGGAUGAAAAUUGUAAAGAACUUUUAGUGAUAAAUACUCUCAUAGGACUUCUGGGUUAUACACGUCUUCCAUACGGUGUGCUUGCGCACCUUCAAUUUUUCAAUCCAUCAUGGACAGAGUGUUGCUUGGAAUUAAGGGUGUAUUUUGUUACUUAG